AUGAAACGGUCUCAGAUUCCGCGGACCUAUUUGUCUUUUAUCCUGUUUGCUUGUGUCUGGUUACAAUGGCUCCCGGUCUUCGCUUUACCGUCGUCGGGCAAUUUCACAUCUAUACCUACAUUCUAUCAUUAUCAUCACCACCAUCAUCAUCAUCGACUGGGAAAACGUGUCCUCAACCCUCCCCUCCCAACGACAGAGUACGCAAAGACAAAGAUGAAGCCUGGAACGCCGCAUAAGGAUAAAGCUAUCUUUUAUACAGCAAACACCCUCUUCUCGGCACAUUACCUCCUUCAACGGUUUAAUGGUCAGGGGAUUGCCGAUACUGAUAACGGCGAGAAAGUAAUGCUCAUGGAUGGUGGCCCUUUCUUGGAGUCACAGAAGCUGUUUCUCAAUGACAAAGAUACCUGGGAAGAACACGAGACGCAUAUGGCGGUAGGCCAGGUAUCACAAGCAUUCGCUGAGCGCGCAAGAGGUAUUGUGCGGGUGGUAUUUCCAGAGAACUAUUCGCCGCAUGCUAGACCCAACGUCUGGACUGAAUAUGAGUGGCCGGCGCUUAAAAAGAACCCGGACGUGACCAAGGUGCUCGCUUGGUGGGUGAAAGUAGGUGGAGAUGAACCCAAGGGCGACGGCACGGAAAUUUGGCCAUGUGACAUGACCACCGACCCUAAAGGACAGCCGUUUUAG